AUGUUCACCUUAUCGUCUCUCAUGGGCACUUUGCCUUUCAUUUUCUCUCUACCAAGUCUUACCAUUGCGGCCCCAAUCGAGUCCCGACAGACAGCUGGAACACAGGUCGUAAGACUUGCGUCGGUUGAGAAUGUCGCGGUGCGCUCGAAUGGACAGAUCUUGGCGACAAAUAUGAACAGCGCGAACUUAUAUUCCGUAGACCCCGUUGCUAAGACUUCGACUACCGCGGUAGUUGUGACGGGUGCAAGUGGUUUAAGUGGCAUUGGCGAGGUCACUCCGGAUGUUUUCGCAGUCAUUGGAGGGAAGGCCAUCUACAAGGUUGACUUUACUGGAGGAACCCCAAAGUCAAGUCUUAUCAAGGAGAUUAAGGAGGCCAACAACUUGAAUGGGCUAGCGGUGUAUGAUAACACGACUGUCCUGGUUGCCGAUGCCGGAAAAGGGAGCGUAUACAAAUUCAGCGUCACAACUGGUGACUACUCAGUUGCUCUGUCGGAUCCUACAAUGGCCCCGUCAGGAGGCAUCCCCUUUGGGAUCGACGGUAUCAAGUAUAAGGACGGCGUGGUAUGGUAUACCAACAUCUUCAAGAACAGUUUCCACAAGGUCUCUGUCGACUCGUCUGCAAAGGCCACAGGAGCUGUAACAACAUUGUGGACGAACCUGAUGGGAGAUGAUCUUUGCUUCGGACCGAAUGGGAAAAUUUACGUCGCGACAAACGGCAAGAACUCUCUGGUUGAGGUCGAUCCCGCUGUCGGAAAGCCAACUGCUAUUGCAUCAGUUACUGGAUCUACGUCGUGCGCAUUUGGACGAACUGAUAAGGAUAAAAACAUCGCUUAUGUUGGCGCGGGUCAGGGCAUAUAUGCCGUCACUACAGCCAUUAUAUCUACACUAUUCGCCAUGGCUACCUCUGGAACUGCGACGGAUGGUCUUGCGCACAGAAAUGCUGAAUAUGCCAGCAAUUUCACCAAAGGCGACCUAGCCUUACCUCCUGCGAAGCAAUAUCUGGUCUUAACUUGCAUGGACGCACGCAUUGAUCCAGCUGCCGCUUUUGGCAUUGAACUGGGGGACGCACAUGUCAUCCGCAAUGCGGGUGCGAGUGCCAAAGACGGACUUCGGUCCGUCAUCAUUUCACAGCAACUCCUCAAUACCAAAGAGAUUUUGCUUGUCAAGCAUACUGAUUGCGGUAUGACGACUUUCAAGAACGAGCAAGCUCACGGUCUUGUGGCAGAGAGGCUUGGCGAUUCUGCUGCUACAGAGAUAUCGACGCUAGAUUUCUUGCCGUUCCCAGAUGCUGACAAGGCUGUUGAGGACGAUGUCAAAUACUUGAAGAACCACCCGGCCAUCCCUAAGGAAGUGGUAAUCAGCGGCUGGGUGUAUGAUGUGAAAAGCGGAAAGGUCAAUCGCAUCGUCUAG